AUGGCGCUGAGUCUGCUGUUGCAUGCUCUGGUCGUGAUGGUGCUGCUGUGGACAGGGAUUCCUGGGAGUGGAGGCGAUUCGUUUGCAUCAAUGGCUCCUCAGGAGAUGAUCGAGCAAGUUGAGCAGGAAGAAGAACUCCGGCUUGGUCUCAACGAAGCACAGUCAGCAUCGAUCGAUUGGCUCGGGAUCGAGCAGCGCGAAGCGGUCCGCGGCGAAGCGGCGAUCUCGGAAACUGAACAAGCGGCGCAAACCACGGCGGCUGGUGAGGAGCGGAUCACCGAACCAACCCAAGCUGUGCCGGAGCAGCAACCGAUCGAGAACAAUGAAGAUUCGAUGCAAGUGGUUGAGCAAACGGAAGAGCUGGUUCAGGAACAAAUCGAGGAACAGGAAGAAGCACAGGUCGAUGCCGAGGUUGUCGAUCCAAUCAUUGAUCCAGCGGUCCAACCUGUGCUUGAGCAGAUCCCUGUCGAUGAGGGUGAAGGGGUUGUGAUCGCGACGGCUGAAGAAACUGUCGAACAGAUUAUGGAUGAACCAACUGAUGUUGAAGCGGAAACGACAUCAGAGCAAUCUACUCAACAACAGUCAGUAGCUUCAGAAAGUGCCACACAGCCUGAUACAGAAAGACCAGUUGGAGCGCCUGGUGUGUUGUCGGAGCGGGAGGUGGUCGCUACGCGAAUUAAGCGGGCGCUUGAUGUGGAUCCGUACAAACCCAACGCGCCGAUCGCGGGCAAGGGGCUCGAGAUCAUCACGGUGCGUCCGCGCUACAGUUCUACGAUCCGGAUGUCCGCGGUUCCCAAGAAUCCGAUUGUGCUGAUCUACUUUGGCAAAGACGGCAAGGUCGCGAAGGCCGAGUUCUUGCGUGAUCGUCGUUAUGUGUACUCAUCGGGGGUGACUGGAGUGGAUGAGCCUUUGCUCAACGCGAUCUAUCAGUGGAAAGCGAAGGGCAAGCAGAUCGAUGAGAUCGAGGGGGAUGAUCUGAUCGAGGUGUCGAUCAAGAUCUUGUUCCGGCGCGAGCGGUCGAGUGAUGAGCGCGGUGAUGGUCGCUUUGUUGGCGCGUCCCUUGUCAUACCACGUGGUGGGGCGGACGCCUUGGGCGAUGAGGAUCGCGGCGGAGCUGAGGUUGAUGCACACGAUGUUGGUCAUCGCGAGGACAGCGGCGCCCGCGGCUUGUGCAGGUUCUCCAGCGCCGAGCAGCAUGCCAAAUGUCGCGGUGGGUGGGAGCAGCGCGACAGCGACCAUGACUCCGACGAGUGUUGCGGAGGCGCCGGUCGUGAACGCGACGACUCCCGCGGCUCCGGACGCGAGGGCGAGGAUGAUGUCGGCGGUAUCGACGGUGGUGCGAGCUGUGAUCUCGCUCGUGAUGUCGUCUGGGACGGCGAGGUAGCCGUAGACGAUGGAGAUGAUGAUCGCGAUCCCGAGUCCGGCGACGUUGGACCUGAUAGCGUUCUUGAUCAUCUUGGGAUCGCCGAGUGUGGUUCCCAGUGCGAGUGCGGUGUUGGGUCCCAGCAGCGGGGCGAUGACCAUCGCGCCGAUGAUGAUGGGCGCGGAGUCCUUGAGGAGUCCCACGCACGCGACGAUGGUCGCGAGGAAGACCAUGAUCAGAUACACAGGGGUGAUCUUUGCGGAGUCUUGGAUGUCCUCGAGGAGUUCCUCGCGCGAGACGCGUCCGAAGCGGGUUUUCCAUCCGUUGUGCUGAGUGUCGGAUUCAUUCUGAGGCUCGGGCUCGUCCUCAGGUUCGGGGAGCGCUGGGUGAGUCGCUUCGAUGUCGUGAAGGAUGGUGCGGAAGCCGUGGGUGUCGUCGUACUUGUCGCGGAGCGUAUCGGUGAUCGGUUCGACGGACUCGGAUCGCAGGACGACGGAAGUCAUCGCGAGGUCGUCGUCGAGGGGGGUGAUCCAUCGCUGGUCGCAGCGCGCGUCAUCGAGGAUGACGCAGAGGUCAUCGUGAUGAUCAGCAGGGAGGAUGAUCUGGAGCACGCGGUAUGCGAUCGCAACCGAUUGGGCUCUGGGAUCGCUGAUCUUGGAAGCAAGGUCGCGGAUGCGCUGGCAAGUUUCCGUAUCGAGGAGUUCUUCGAUGCGCUGGUCGAUGACGUUCUCGGCAUCGAGCUUGGCGAGUUCACGCUGGUACUGCGGCGAGCAGAUGAGGUGGAGCUCGUCGUGGAGAUUCCGCUGGCGGAGGAGUUUGUACUCGUCUUGGCCGUGUCCGACGCGGUACUUGGUCAUGAGUCGUCCGGAGUCAGGCGAGAUGAGCGGGCGGUUGUGCGGGUCAUUGAUCGCGACGGGCAUAUCGCUGAUCGCGGGGAUGGGCUUUGGGAAUCCGGGCUGUUUGAGGAGCCAAUCCCAGUAGUGUUUGUGGUCGAUCCAGACGCCUCCUGA